AAAUAAUAAUGAUAUUUUCAGUGAGUUUUCAGAUCGUCUGGAGACUUAACUUCUUCCCCACGGUCGACGGUCGACUCAGAGAUGCAGCUAUUCGCCGAUGUAAAGAAGCCCGCUACGGUGGUGGCAAUGGCGGCAUGGGCGGCGGCGAUAAUUUUCAUGGCGUCGAUGCCGUUGGCUUGGUCAAAGGAGCAACUCAGCUCGAGAGAAUGUGAGGAUCUAGGUUUCACUGGCCUCGCUCUCUGUUCUGAUUGCCACACUUUAGCUGAAUACAUCAAAGAUCAAGAAUUAGUGGCAGACUGUUUGAAGUGUUGCACGGAGGAUUCUGAUGAUGCCACGAGUAAGAUAACUUAUUCUGGUGCUGUACUGGAGGUCUGUAUGAGGAAGCUAGUUUUCUAUCCUGAAAUUGUUGGCUUCAUUGAAGAAGAAAAGGAUAAAUUCCCUUCUGUUAAGAUUCAAUAUAUCUUCAACUCUCCGCCGAAGCUGACUUUGCUGGAUGAUGAAGGCCAACAUAAAGAGAGCAUCAGGAUUGAUAACUGGAAACGUGAACAUAUUUUGCAGUUCCUGCAAGAUAAGGUUAAGCUAUCUUCAGCAAUUUAAGGUUCUCAUCUUCCUUGUUUCUUUAAUAUCCCUGUAAAAAACUCUAAAGUCUAUUGUUAUAUUGUAGUUUUCUUUGAUACUGCAAUAUGUUAGUAUCGUAUGUUUUUCUGUGUUUGGGUAAAUUUUAUGUUUAAUUUCACAAACUCCUUCGAACACUCUGA